AGGUUAUUUCUCCCGUCACCUGUCAUGUCUGAAUCCCUGUCUUAUUAAGAGGUUUUUACAAAGGAUAUGUAUUGGACCAGACUCAACAGCAACCGAUGCUGCGCGGUGUAGCUUUUACAGAGGAGAGGGAAACUCCCCCCAUCAAAACAUGAUGAGUCGAUGAAUCUCCCACUUUUUGUCAGUUUAAUUACGAGACUCAGCCCACGUGCUCGGGUACGCAUCGACAACUGACGUGACCGUGCAGUGAUUGGAAUUUUUCUGUGAUCAGCCAUGGAGCACCUGCCUCAGGAGAGACAGCACCUGCUGGAUCGCCUCCUGGAUGCGGUCAAGCAGUGCCAAGUACGCUUUGGGGGACGCACGGAACUGGCCACAGACAGUGACAGCAGGGUGUCCUGUCUUUGCGCACAGUUUGAGGCUGUCUUGAUGCACGGACUGAAACGAGGCACUAGCAAUCCGCUCACUGCCCUCAAGCAAAUGACAGGUAUCCCUUUGAUCAAGCCAGAUGCUGAGCAAGCCUUUUGGCCUGUCAUCCGUGAGAACCUAACUAAACAUGAGCUACAGCGCUACAUGUCCCUGAAGCACAUCACAACUGAUGCAGGGAGGGCUAGGGCAUGGCUUCGAAGUACUCUCAAUGAACGUUCACUGGAGAGAUACCUCCAUUCCAUACUGGCAACUCAAGGCAUGCUCAAGCAAUAUUACGAGCCAUGGGCAUUUCUUCUUGAUGAGGAGCGAUCUAGCAUGAUUCCAACAAUGGCUAGGGGUCUGGGCUCCAUACUAUUUGCCAUUAACAUCGACAAGGAUGAACUCAAUGGAACUAAACAGGGACCCAGCCUGAGUUCUUUGAUCCAAGCACCUGAGGUCGUUCACUCAGAAAGUAUGAUACAACAAGAUCCAGAGCCUGUGUACGUCACAGCCACAACUACAGGUGCAACAAGUGACAGAAAGGAGAAGAAGAAAAAGAAGAAGAAAAGCUUUGUUUCCAUAGUUUCCUUCAACGAUGAUGACUCAGGGAGCACUGUGGUGUCCUGUGGGUCACCUCCCUCCCGUCUGCAUCACCAUCCAAGACCUCGCAAAGACUCUGCAGGGAACAAGGAUAGCCUUCCUAAGGAGGCUGGUCAAAACAAUGUCAGCAAAAAAACGGUAGGGUUUAACGUGCCAUCAGGCCAAGUUCAGACCAUGUCGGACACCAGUGCAGGAUUGCCCGAGGUCAGACUAGGUCCAGAUUUAAGCCAGCCAAGUGCACAGCCUUUAAGCAACAGUACUAAUCACGCACACCUACAGUCUCUGCCUGGAAGGGGAGCAACUGUUUCGAAUGAAUCACUGCCAAAUCUUCCUGCUUCUGUUGCAUCCAUUCCAAGGGAAGACAGUGACAAAGAACUGGCCAAUUCAAGUCGGUAUUUGCCACAAGUAGCUGAAGCAAGCCAGAGCAUACAUGGACUUGCACAACCAAGCCAGCCUAUCCCAGUUCAGAUACGUGCGACACAGAAUGCUCAAGCGCCAAGCCAAAUUCCUUCCCAAAGUACGACUGCCAACAUUCCACGCCAGCAGGAUAACGGCAACAAUCCGGACAAUGGGAGCCUCAUCAACCAAACAGUGCAGCAACUCGCUACAUCCUUCCCAGCCAAAACACCACCUCCAACGCCAGACAAUGCAGCGUUCAUCCAACAGUAUGACCACAUGCGAGCCACAGUGGAUGCAGAGAGCGUUGCCGACAGACUCCGCCAGCAGGAGAUCUUCCCCAAGACUGGCUCAGAGUCCAGCAGCUUUGACGCAGACACAGUGGAAGGCACACCCCCUAAAGGCUUGGAAGUUGCAGACAAUGCCCAGCUGAGGUCUAUUCCAUCUCGACAGAGCUUCCAUAUCAUUGGUGGGGGUGAUGAUGAUUCAGAAGUUGCCAUGUAUCCAGUUAAUGAGGAUUCUGCCUCACAGCAAGAUACACAGUCCACUGAUUCCAGCAUGUUGGGCUUUGGUGCUGAGACUGAGAAUGCUGCACUUGGUUUACUCCUGGCACAAAAAAGCUUAAAGGAAAGCAUACAAAGUACAAUGGAUCCAGGAACACCAGAAGACACACUCUCCUCAUACCAGACAAUGUCCAACGAUGAGUUAAAACAAGCAGUACUUGCCAUGAUGAAUCGGAAUGAUGACUUGCAAGAGCAGAACAGGUCUUUAAGGAGUCUUCUUGACAGUGAGAUGGAGCAUACUGGUACCAUCAGAGCCCAGCUGGAGGAACUCAAAUGCCACAGUGUAGAGAUGGAAGAGAAGCUACUAACUCAACUGGGUGCUCUGACAAGGGAAAAUGAGGUCUUAAAACAUCAGCUGAAGAAAUAUGUAGGUGCUGUGCAGAUGCUGAGAAGAGAUGGUUCCCAAGCAAUUGAAGGUCUUCCUGGUAUCCGUGCCACGGAGCCCCAGCCUCCUAUUCCUGAACCCAAGCUAGGAUUGAAGCAAAGUGAUCAAGUGGAGGAGUAUGAACGAAAGUUGAUCCAGGUAGCAGAGAUGCAUGGUGAGCUGAUGGAGUUCAAUGAUUACCUUAGCAGGCAGCUCAAGCAGCGUGACAACCUCGUCCGCAGGCUGCAGGAUGAGUUGGUAGACCUCAGGGGACCAUUACCCCGUGACCAGACAGCUGCUGUCGGACUAUUAAACAGCGGGAGUGACAGUGAUUCACUUUCGUCUAAUCAGCGAGCGCUGGUCAACAUCUGGAUUCCCUCCGCCUUCCUCAGGGGGAGAGGUAGUGAGGCGUACCACGUCUACCAGAUUUAUGUCCGUAUCCGUGACGAGGAAUGGAAUGUCUACCGACGAUACACAGAGUUUAGAGAGCUGCAUCUUAGAAUACGCAAGAAUCAUGCCAUUGUCAACACCUUUGACUUCCCCCCUAAGAAAGCAGUUGGAAACAAGGAUUCAAAAUUUGUUGAGGAACGAAGGAAGAAAUUGCAGCAUUAUAUCCGCUGUGUGGUCAACUUCUUUGUUGAUAACUCCAGUGAGCUCACUGAGAACCCAUGCAAAGAGAAACUCUUGAGUGUCUUGCCUUUUUUCAAGGAUGAGCCGACAAGGAAACAGACACGGCCUGCUAGUGCGAGCAGAUCCAAUAAACUCGUAGCUGGACGGCAAGCGGUACCAGAAACACCUACUUACGAUGGAUUAUGAAGUAUUGCUGUGGCCUUCAUUACCAUUAACAGCAUUUUACCAGUUGUUUAAAUCAAGUUUCAACAUAUUGAAAUGCAAAGCGGAAUUUUGUUUUAGACUUAUGUACCACUCUACAUUUUUAAAUGAUCCCUGAAAUGGUGAUUUUUAAAGUUAUGUUCUGCCAUGUCUUGUGAGAGGUCUUUUUUAUAUUUGAAACUUACGUUUGCAGGUUUUACACAUGUAUAUAACCUUGUCUAAUAAGCACAGACACCAAAAUUGACAAAGCUUAUCUGGAGGUCUGUCCAUUAAUGUAAUGGUUCCUCCAACGUGUGUUAAAGGUUGUGACAUGGUUCCAUAUUGUAAUGUAACAAUGCCUUGAAUACAUUCUGCCAAUACCACUCAAAGUAACACUCUGCUUUUUCCUCAUUAACCUGAAUGAGCUGGCAGAUAUAGAAUUGCCUCUUUGAGGAAGGCCAGUGGCCCCUUUCAGCAACCCCUCCUUUGGAUGUGCAAAUUAUGAUGGAGCCGUUGUUCAAGUUAUGAUGGAGCCUGUUAGCACUAAGUAUUGCAUGAAGCAGGGUGAAUUCAAACACAGAUUUCAAUUUAAAUAGUUGUGCAUCAAUAGACAUUCCGUGCUUUUGUAACUUUUGGAAUGCCCAUGUUGUGAAAUGUUUUUUAGUGCAUUGGUUAGCACAGUUUUUUCUGCUAACCGUUAAACAGCUAAAUGCAGAGAAAUCAUGCUAUUUAAAAGCCAUUCAGUGUAGUAAGUUCUGUCAGUCGAGUCCAGUGAUGUAGUCAAGUACU